CGCCGAGUCCACGGCAAAGGCUGACGACGACAAUUUCUGUAACCUGGCAACGAUUUUGCGGCCGGACAGGAAUAAGAAGAGGAGAAAGUGGAAGGAGGUCGUAGUUGGGAUAGGCACAUGGUUUGGUGUAAUGGAAGGUGAUAGAGACCCAUGA